AUGACUUUGUUGGUUGACAGGUUCAGACCGAAGAAGCUGAGUGAACUUACGUAUCAUCUAGAGCAGGCAUGUGAUCUUGCUGAACUGGUGAAGACUGAGGAUUUCCCUCAUCUUCUUGUCUAUGGACCUUCAGGUGCUGGUAAACGGACUAGGAUUCACUGUAUUCUUAGAGAGUUAUAUGGAGCUGGUGCUGAAAGACUCCGUCUCGACAAAAAAUCUCUAACCACACCAUCGAACAGAAAGAUUGAGAUCGAUACCGUUAGCAGUAACUACCACAUUGAAAUCAAUCCCGGGGAAGUGGGAAUAUACGAUCGUGUUGUUGUGCAGGAGGUCAUCAAGCAAAUGGCCCAAACUACUCAGAUUUCUAGCGCUACUCAGAAAACCUUCAAAGUGGUGGUGCUUAUGGAAGCUGAUCAACUCACCCGUGAUGCACAACAUGCUCUUCGUCGCACCAUGGAGAAAUAUACGAUGAGCUGUCGGCUGAUCUUGUGCAGUGAAUCGCUUAGUCGCAUAAUUGAACCGCUGAGAUCAAGGUGCAUGGUCGUGCGGGUGCCUGCUCCCACCGAUGAGGAGAUUCGUGACGUAUGUUUGUCAGUAGCAGAACGAGUUAGACUAACCGUGCCUGAUCCCGUCUUGGAACAGAUAAUUGCAAGUGCGCGUGGAAACCUCCGACGUGCUUUACUAUCACUAGAGGCGGUUAAAAAGAAAGGUGUACCUAUCAAGGAUAACGAAAAGGUACCGGAACCGGAGUGGGAGACGUACCUGCGAGAAACUGCUGAUUUAAUUCUUAAGAAGCAGAGUAAUGAGACGGUGCUUGCGGUGCGCGAACGGCUCUACGAAUUGAUUUCUCGUUGUAUCCAGCCGAAAGUGAUAUUCGCGUAUUUGCUACGGCACCUGAUCAAACGUUGUCCACGUUCUGCCGUCAGAGAAGUAGUCGAAAUGGCCGCAUUAUACGAACACCGCCUAACAAGAGGACAAAAAGUCAUCAUUCAUCUAGAAGCGUUCGUCGUUGCAUUCAUGGAUAUUUAUCUGAACGUGGUUAAUUCCAAUGCAAUGGAGACGUAG